UUGUAUUGGGAUCCAUAAAUAUUGAAGUUUUAUAACAUGCUAAGAAGAGUUGCUAUUGGUGGUCUGCUGGAUUAGAAGUUGGUUCCUCGUAUGUGUCCGUGUUUUGGAACUGUAUAUUUUGUUGAAUUACUUGGUUCCAAUCCCCUUAUUUACAUAAUCAAGAGAGUAAAACUCGGUCCGUGAAUUGGGGCUUUGAAAGCUAUUAAAGGCUUUCUAAGAAGUUUCUUGGGUUGCAUAGAGGAAGUAUCAGGAGAGUUUGUUUUGAUGUGGAAUACUGGUCUUAAGUACAAGACAUGCUGAGCUCUGAUGAGGGAGAAAAUGAUGUGUUCUUUGAUUCACUGGAUUGCUUGUCGGUUGAAGAGCCAGUUGUAGCAAAAGAAUUGGAGGGUGGGAAAUCAGACUAUGAAAUUUGGAUAAAUGAGCCACGAAGUGUGAAGGAAAGACGUGAAUGUUUUCUGCUUGGAAUGGAUCUGGUUGAGUUUGCGAAGUCAUCAAAGAUAAAGGACUUGGAGAGAAUCACAGACUGCAAUGGUGCUGUCCCAUGUUCUUCAUUUUCUUCUAUUAACAUUGGAGAAGGGAGUUUGGCUUGCUGUGAUAGGGAAAUGACUUGUCAAACCAAUUUGGUGGUUGAUGAAUCUGAUCAAGAACAGAACAUGGCUCUGGAGAGUGAGAAUAAGAUGUUUUUUUCUACUAAAGGAUGUGAACAAAAGGAAGGCCAAGCACAAUGGGAUGCCUGUGAAAAUGCUAAAGUUGAUAGGAAGAAAUUCAAGAAAUGGUGGAAACACUUCAUGAGCAUGAGGAAAGGAGGAGUAAGUAGACGUGCAUCUAAGGUAUCAAAAUCAAGUCUCAAAGAACAUAAAACAAACAGAAUGACUGUUCUGCCCAACAAGAAAAAAUACAUGGAGUUUACAGGACUUUACAUGCGACAAGAAAUUCAAGCUCACAAGGGCUUCAUCUGGACAAUGAAGUUUAGCCUAGAUGGUCAGUAUUUGGCAAGCGGUGGUGAAGAUGGGGUAGUACGUAUAUGGCGUGUCACAUCAACGGAUGCCUCUAGUAAACCUUUCAUGGCUGAGGGCAAUUUGGAUAGAAAGGUAGACAAAGGAAAGUCAGGAUUUGGAAGAAAAAAGUCAAUCCACUCACCGCUUAUUAUUCCGAAUAAGAUUUUUCAGAUUGAGGAGUCACCAAUGCAAGAGUUUCAUGGCCAUACAAGCGAUGUUUUAGAUCUUGCAUGGUCCACUACAAAUUUGCUUGUUUCUUCUUCCAUAGAUAAAACUGUUCGACUAUGGCAAGUUGGCUGCGAUCAAUGUCUUAAUGUUUUCCAUCAUAAUAACUAUGUAACAUGCAUACAGUUCAAUCCCAUUGAUGACAAUUACUUCAUCAGUGGUUCUAUAGAUGGAAAAGUUAGGAUCUGGGGAGUGUCUGAGAAGCGAGUUGUUGACUGGGUGGAUGUGCGGGACAUUAUAACUGCUAUAUGUUUCCGGCCAGAUGGGAAGGAAUUUGUCGUUGGUUCCAUCACAGGCACUUGCCACUUUUAUGAAGCAUCAGGCAGCCAUGUUAAUUUGGAGGCCGAGAUGCAUAUUCAUGGCAGGAAAAAGACCUCUGGCAACAAAAUCACAAGUAUUCAGUUCUCCCAGGAUGAACCACACAAAGUUAUGAUAACUUCUGAAGAUUCCAAGGUCCGAAUAUUCGAUGGGGUAGAUAUCGUUCGUAAAUUUAAAGGACUGCCAAAAUCAGGAAGUCAGAUGUCGGCAUCAUUUACUUCAACAGGGAAACAUAUAAUCUCAGUUGGAGAAGACUGUCAUGUUUAUGUCUGGAACUACAAUGGCUUUUGCCUCCAAACAUCGAAACAUACAAAAUCUGUUCGUUCUUGCGAGUACUUCUUCUGUGAAGAUGUGUCUGUUGCAUUACCUUGGUUAGGCCAGGUUGCAGAUCAGAGGCACGUACAUAUUAAUGAUUGCCGGGCUCGGUCAUCGACAGAGGGUCAAAUAGAGGGUGCUUCCUGGAUCAGAGAUUCAGAACGAUUCUCUCUUGGUAACUGGUUCUCCAUUGAUGGGUCCUGCAAGGUUUCUGCCACGUGGCCUGAAGAAAAGCUUCCUUUGUGUGAUGCAGAAGUUUUGGAAGAUGAGUAUUGUACGUAUGACCAGCAGCAGCUCUGUCACAGUCGUGCCAACAAUCGCACAACCCUAUCAGAUACAUGGGGGCUCGUGAUUGUUGCAGGUGGGUGGAAUGGAACAAUCAGGACAUUCCACAACUAUGGAUUUCCUGUUAGGCUGUAGGAGUUUGGUUCGGGAUUUUUCAUAGUCUAUUUCUAUGAGUUCUUGACGCCAUCUACUUUCUAGCGAACUUGCAUCUCUCUGGGAUUAUGCAGUGUGCAAGCUCAGUCAGUCAGCAGCAGUCAUCAAAGAAACAAUAUCUUUUUUCCAGAUGUAAAUGUUCCCAAGUCAGGUUGUUGAUACUCAACCCUUGACCCCGCUUGAAUUUCAGUAGAGGUGGUUUCUUUUGACAUGGUUUGUCAUCCCAUCAUUGUUCGACAUUUGGACCAUGUCAUCGGGGCUUAUGUUAGAGCACUUCUCAUUUAGGCAGCUCACAAAUUUUCAUAGUCCUACAGUUUUCUGUGAAUAAUACCUAAAGUACAUAGCGAUACAAGGAAGAAAUGGAAUUACUAAUGGUACAUGCUGCUCUCUUUCA